GCGGGGGCAAUGCCGGGUGCCUGGUCACGUGACGAGCGCAAGGCACGCUGGGCCACUCCUCCCCCGGGGAGGGGAAUUUAACGCGCGCUCCCGUGGCAACGGGCACGCGUAGGAACGUGGUGCUGCUGAGACAGCUGGAGAGCGGGAGAGCGCAUCAUGGUCAACGAGCCCCACAGUGCCAGCAAUGGGAGCGCCAGUUCCAGGUCGGACGGCAGCAGCAGCGGCAGUGAGGGCUCCAAGGACAGCUCACGAUGCUCCACCCCCGUCCUGGAUGCUGAGCGCCACGAGCGGCUGCGGGAGAAGAUGCGCCGGCGAUACGACUCCGGGGACAAGUGGUUCUCCUUAGAGUUCUUCCCCCCGCGGACGGCCAAUGGUGCGGUCAACCUGAUCUCCAGGUUCGACCGCAUGGGGAUGGGUGGCCCACUCUUCAUUGACGUGACCUGGCACCCAGCAGGGGACCCAGGCUCAGACAAGGAGACUUCCUCCAUGAUCAUCGCCAACACGGCUGUCAACUACUGUGGCCUGGAGACCGUCCUGCACAUGACAUGUUGCAACCAGACCAAAGAGGAGAUCACAGGGCAUCUGCAGAAGGCCAAGCAUCUGGGGCUGAAGAACAUCAUGGCGCUGCGAGGAGACCCCAUUGGUGAGGAGUGGGAGGAAGAGGUGGAAGGCUUCAACUAUGCCGUUGACUUGGUGAAGCACAUUCGCUGCGAGUUCGAUGACUAUUUUGACAUCUGCGUGGCAGGUUACCCCAAGGGCCACCCUGAAGCUGAGAGCUACGAAGCCGACCUGAGGCACUUGAAGGAGAAAGUCUCUGCUGGGGCUGACUUCAUCAUCACACAGCUCUUCUUCAGGUCCGAGACCUUCCUUGCGUUCAUGAAGGACUGUCAGGCCAUUGGCAUCACGUGCCCCAUUGUACCUGGCAUCUUUCCCAUACAGGGUUACCAUUCGCUGCGCCAGCUCGUGAAGCUCUCCAAACUCGAGGUGCCGCAGGAGAUCAAAGAAGUGAUUGAGCCCAUCAAGGACAACGACGCAGCCAUCCGGAACUACGGGGUGGAGCUGGCGGUGUCCAUGUGCCGGGAGCUGCUGGACAGCGGCAUGGUGUCCGGCCUGCAUUUCUACACCCUCAACAGAGAAGUGGCCACCACUGAGAUCCUCAAACGUCUGGGCAUUUGGAAAGAGGAUCCCAGACGGCCUCUGCCCUGGGCAGUCAGCGCCCACCCCAAGAGGAGAGUCGAAGACGUCCGGCCUAUUUUCUGGGCCUCCAGGCCAAAGAGCUACAUUCACCGAACUCAGGAAUGGGACGAUUUCCCCAAUGGCCGCUGGGGGAACUCUUCCUCGCCAGCCUUCGGCGAGCUGAAGGACUAUUACCUCUUCUACCUGAAGAGCAAGUCGCCUCGGGAGGAGCUCCUGAAGAUGUGGGGCGAGGAGCUGAUGAGCGAGGAGAGCGUCUUCGAGGUGUUCACCUGUUACAUCUCCGGAGAGCCCAACCGGGAGGGGCACAAGGUCACCUGCCUGCCCUGGAACGACGACCCUCUCGCUGCUGAAACCAACCUCUUGAAAGAGCAGCUGGAGAAGGUGAACAGAAGAGGAAUCCUGACCAUCAACUCCCAGCCAAACAUCAAUGGCAAACCGUCCACUGACCCCAUCGUGGGCUGGGGACCCAGUGGGGGCUAUGUCUUCCAGAAGGCAUACCUGGAAUUCUUCACCUCCAGCGAGAACGUCACCGCGCUGCUUAAAGUGCUGAAGACGAAGAAGUACGAGCUCCGUGUGAAUUACCACAUUGUCAACGUCCGGGGUGAAAACAUCACCAACGCUCCCGAUCUGCAGCCCAACGCCGUGACCUGGGGCAUCUUCCCAGGCAGAGAGAUCAUUCAGCCGACGGUUGUGGAUCCAGUUAGCUUCAUGUACUGGAAGGAUGAGGCCUUCGCUUUGUGGAUUGAGCAGUGGGCUAAGCUGUACGAAGAGGAGUCUCCCUCUCGCAUGAUUAUCCAGUACAUCCACGACAACUACUACUUGGUCAACCUGGUGGACAACGAGUUCCCGCUGGAGAACUGCCUGUGGCAGGUCAUGGAGGACACUUUCGAGCUGUUGAACUGUCCCACGGAGCAGUGAGUCACAGCUGCUCGCUCCGUCCAUCCACCCGCUCACUGCAGGCAGCACAACUGCCAUGGGGCAAGAGGAGCCCGGCUCGCAGGACAGGGAGCCAGACACUCCACCCAAGGCCACAACCACUCUGCGCUCGCCUCCUCAUUGAGCCACAUUCUCUCUCCUGCUCUGCCCUAGGCACACGCUCGUCUCUCCCAGAGCGAGACUCCAUCGGGGCUUCCUAACGCCCCUGUCUGUUACAAACUAACCAGGUAGUAGUCUGUUCUCAUAUGCUAAUGGCAGCUAGAACCAUCUGAACCUCCCCACAGAGCAACAGGCUCCACUCUAAGAAACGAUCCAGCUGCUUUUCCAAUGUCCUCUUCAGGGUUUGUUUCAGUGUGAUCGUAGUGGGGACUCGCUCCCUCACUGCAGCAGACAGCACGCUGGGGUAUUUGGACACUAAAGGGUCUAAAAGACUUGGUCAAGUUUUUCUCCCAACCUCCCUGCUCCCCUUUGUGUUUUGUUUUUUAAAGGAACGGGAAUAAGGGAAUUCUCCAGGUCAGUUUCAGCUCUAGUUUAGUGAUUAGGAAUGAAUUAAUAAAUAGCAGACACUCAAGCGUGCCUCAUUUCUGGAUCAAUAGGAUGGGGGCACAAUCUCUCAGCACUGGGUUUGGAUUUUAGGUCAGUUCAGCUCUAACCCAGCUGAAAGCGGUUUUUAGAGUCAUGCCAACAUCCUCUCCAU